GCCGUAAAGCAAAGAAGAAAAAAAAGGUGCAUUAUCCAGCCUUGCUGAGUAACGCCAUCACUGCCACAGAGUAGUAUCCCCACAGCAAAGAAUGGUAAAAGGUAUUGCAGCACUUGCAAUAUUCACACAAGUCCUACCACUACUAUCACGAAAAAGUUAAUCUUCAUCAAUUCACGAUGCAGGUGAUUGACUUUGUUUUGAAAUCUUUCAUGCCUCUACGUGAAGUAGAAGCAUGUGCAAACGAUUGCAAUACCGGCAAAGCCAAUGAAAUUGAAAUCGAUGAUGGAUCGGCAACAAAGCAGGUUAAACGUUUGGAACGCUUUAUUGACUGGUUAGUCAGAGUUUCAGGAAGCAAGUAUACGUUCAUCUUCAUUCAAAUUUGCUUGUUGGUUUGGGCUUUCUUGGGUAUCCCAUUCAGUAAUCAAGCUUUGUGGCCGAUUUUCAUUUCGGAUGUUCAAGCUAUUAUUAGCUAUAUCUUUGAUACCCUCCUCAUGCGUCAACAAUUGACUGGUUAUGCAGAUGAAUUGGAAGAUAUUGCAAAGUUGCGCUCAAGAAAUGCAAGCAAGGCCAGAAUGUUACACAUGCUCGUGAAUGAAAAGCCCGAUAUCCUCACAAAAGCUAUCAAUGAAAAAGCUGAUGUCGAAGAAGAAGAAGUUACGCAAGAACCUUUGGUAGAACGUUAUUUGACCAAAUUGGCUGCCUUUACAGGGCAUAUUGGCUUUGUUGGCGUUUUUGUACUUUCAAUCAUCGUUUGGCUUGCAUUUGGACCAGCAAACAAGUGGAGCAAUCAAUGGCAAUUAUACAUUAAUUCCGCUACUUCUGCUUGGAUGGUCUUCUUGUUUUCCCUGUUGGCCGUCGUUCGUGAAGGUCAUUCAGCUCGAUCAAAGAAAUCAACGCAAAAGCUCAAUCAAAUCGAUCGUGAAAUUGAACGUAAUUUACGCACAAUGACUGGUGAUGUCAAAUCAAACGAACCGGUCUUGAUCGUCUUACCAAAACAAAAUCUCGUUCAAACGGUCAUCAAUGUUUAUGCAUACAUUGUUGGAGGUUUGGUGGGAUUGUUUAUCCUCAUCAUCGUCUUUGCAGUUUGGGUUGCUAUCGGGCCCGUGAUGUCAUUCAACGAUAACUGGUGGCUUUUGAUCGGAACGUAUUCUGGUUUGAUCGGUAUGAAUGACGGUUUCGUUUUGCGUAACGUUCAACAUGUGAUCGAAAUGUUUGAAAGCAAGCAAUUUGAACAGAUUUUAGAGCAAGAUAAAGAGUUACUCGCAUGCAUCCAUACAACAAGUCUCGACAGUGAAAAGGUCAGCUUGAAGGAACCCAAUUCGUUCAAAUCUUUGUCUCAACGUAUCUCAACGGCCGUUUGCAACUUUACUGCGCAUCAAAUGACAGUCGUUAUCGGUUUUAUCUCCAUCAUUGGAAUGCUGGUCGGAGCAUCAGUGAUGCAUUGGAGUUUAACCGGUCAAUUGAUCUGCAACGUUCCACCGUCCAUCAUCGAAAGCUUUUUCAUGCAAGUUUUGAUCACCGGUCACAUGGCAAACGAUAAACGUAAACAAAAGGAUACCUUGGAGGCACUUCAAUACCGUAGCGUACUCUUGCAAGCGAUCAAACGUUUGGAAAAGGACACGACCAUCAUUUCUGCUACAGAAGAGAAGCAAGAUGAUUUAUCGGAUGAUAUCCAUGUAGAAGAAGGUUCCCAGUAGAUUGCCAUAGAUCCAACGGCAACGUCUCUCGCCCGCAAGGGAAAAUUGCUCCUCACUUUGUCUUUCAUCUCUAGUUUCUUCCUGUCUGUUGUCCCUUUGCUCAGUCUACCUUUAGAAAGUAGAUCAACUUUGGAGAAUUCCGAAUAGACUCUGCAAUGCAAGCAUACAUAAUUGUAUCCGUACAUCUUGUGUUAUCUAUACAAUGUCAUUCACAUAACUUUACUUGCUAAAUUGUACAAAUGAUUACGGGAAGGUAA